GCUCACUAACUUGUUGUGUGUGGAACAGAAAGAGCGAACACAAACAGUGCGGGGUCAACUUAAUGUGCGCAAGGUGUUCGGAAAGGUGGCUUGACGUAGCUUUGUAGUUUCUCGACAACUAACCAAGAAUAAGCGAAACAGACUAAACAAUGGACACGGUGUGGGCACGGGACCCCACCGAAGGGUUCAUCUUAGGCCGAAUAUCCGAGCUUCUGGUAGAAGGAGCUGAAGUGAUUCCCAUUAAUCCGAAAUUUCAAAGAAGAGUCCUCCCCUUCAGCGACAUUUUCAAAGCACAAGAAGAUGACAAAGAUAAAGACUACGACGACAACUGUGAGAUGGUCUUCCUCAAUGAAGGCUCCCUCCUCAACAACAUACGUAUCCGAUAUUACCAAAACAAGAUUUACACAUACGUGGCAAACAUCCUGAUCGCCGUAAACCCAUACAAAGACAUUCCACAACUCUACUCCGCCCCCACCAUCAAGAACUACCAAGGAAAGUCCCUCGGCCAAAUGCCGCCUCACGUUUUCGCCGUCGCCGACAAAGCAUUCCGAGACAUGAAAGUCCUAAAACAAUCGCAAUCGAUAAUAGUAUCUGGGGAAUCAGGCGCCGGCAAAACCGAGUCCACCAAGCAUCUGCUCAAGUACCUCUGCGUCAACUGGGGGGCACAGGCUGGACCCAUCGAGCAGAAAAUUCUAGAUGCGAACCCAGUCCUCGAGGCCUUCGGUAACGCCAAGACCACCAGAAACAACAACAGUUCUCGGUUUGGGAAAUUCAUGGAAGUCCAUUUUGAUAAGAGCUUGCACGUGGCUGGAGGUCACAUCUCCCACUACCUUCUGGAAAAGUCAAGGAUUUGUUCGCCCCAAGGGGACGAAAGGAGUUACCACAUUUUCUAUAUGAUGAUGGCGGGGGCUCCCGAAAGUCUACGAAAGCAAUUAGGGUUGACCAAACCUGAUGACUAUAAUUAUUUGAAAACUGGAUGCACGAGGUAUUUCACAUCAUCUGCCAAUGAGAAGAAGCUUUCGGCGGGGCAGAAAAGUGCAGACCAUGCGAAGAGUGGGCCUUUGAGGGAUAUUCUUCUGGAUGAUGUAGAAGAUUUUACUACUCUGGAUGGAGCUUUGUCUAGAUUGGGGCUAAGUGAUGCCGACAGGUUGCAGAUUUAUACCACGGUAGCUGCGGUUCUUCAUUUGGGGAACAUUGAAUUUGAAGAUAAUCCAGAAGAUACAAGAGGCGGCUGCAGGGUUUCACCUUCCAAAGCUAAGGCGCUUGAUAUUGCGUCCAGUCUUCUCGGGAUUGAUGCCACGGAGUUACGACAGGCUUUAGAGUCUCGAGUCAUGCAGAGUAGUAGAGGUGGAAUUAAAGGAACCGUCAUCAUGGUUCCUUUGAAAGUGUACGAGGCUAAUAAUGCCCGAGAUGCCUUAGCUAAAGCUAUCUAUAGCAACCUCUUCGAUUAUAUCGUGAACAGGAUUAACCAAAGCAUUCCAUUCCAAGCUUCCUCUAGUUACUACAUCGGUGUUCUGGAUAUUGCAGGAUUUGAAUUCUUCACCGUCAACAGCUUCGAACAGUUCUGUAUCAACUACUGUAACGAGAAACUCCAACAGUUCUUCAAUGAAGUAAUUCUAAAGUUCGAGCAAGAACUCUACCGACGUGAAGGUCUAAGUGUUCCAGAGGUUUCGUUCGUGGAUAACCAAGACUGUAUAGACUUGAUUGAAACCAAAAAUCACGGUAUUCUUAACAUCCUAGACGAAGAAUCUAAACUGCCAAAGCCUGCCUACAACCACUUCACAUCUGAAAUCCAUAAGCACUGGGCGAAUGAAUACAGAAUAGCUUUACCUAGGUCAUCUAAACUCAAAUCGCACCGCAGCCUAAGAGACGACGAAGGAUUUUUGAUCAGGCACUUUGCAGGAGCCGUCUGUUACCAAACUAAACAAUUUCUUGAUAAGAAUAAUGAUGCCCUGCACGCUUCCCUAGAAGGUAUCGUACAAGACAGCAAGAAUAAGCUGAUUCAAACUCUUUUCGCCACAUCCAAUGCACAAAAGGGCAAACUUACCUUCAUCAGCGUAGGCAACAAAUUUAAAACGCAACUAUUAGAACUGAUGGAGAAGCUAAGGAAAAAUGGGACCAAUUUUAUCCGUUGUAUCAAACCCAACAACAAAAUGAUCGACGGUCAAUUCGAUGGUGCCUUAAGCUUGAUGCAACUUAAGUGCCUUGGCAUGACCUCAGUGUUAGAACUGAUGGAACACGGCUACCCCAGUCGGGCGCCAUUUGCCGACUUAUAUAACAUGUACAAAGAUUACCUUCCCCCAGAGUUGAAAAAACUCGAACCAAAGAUUUUCUGUGAAGCAAUGCUUCACAGUUUGAAGCUGAGAGACAAAGACUUCAAGUUCGGUGUAUCUCGAGUGUUCUUCCGACCUGGCAAGUUUGCAGAAUUCGACAAAAUCAUGAAGUCGGACCCAGAGAAUUUGAAGGCUAUCGUGGCCGAUGUGAAGAAGUUCUUGGUGAAGUCGCGCUGGCUCAAAGCGCAGUUUUGCGCUCUUACUGUCAUAAAACUGAAGAAUAAGAUUAUUUAUCGCAAGCGUGCUCUCAUCGUGGUGCAAAAGACGGUUAGAGGGUACUUGACCAGGAAGAAGUACGGUCCAAGGAUUAAGGUUCUAAGCAAGAUCAAGAAUCUUAAUGGUAACUUGAAGAAAAUGGAAGCAAUUGCUGGACAAUUGAAGAAAGAGAAGGAAAGCACCACUAAUGACAUCAAUAAGCUCAAGAACGAAAUAGUGGCCACUAUGGAUAAAAUUAAGAAAGAUGGGAAGAUUCAACCUUCUGCUAUUGACGCCCUUUACGCCCAAAUAGUCGCGAAAGUCGACAAUCAAAUGGACUCGUUGCAGAAGAAACUGCUAGCUCAGAAGAACGCAGAAGAGCAAGCCAGACUACGUAAGAUACAGGAAGAGAUGGAACGUGAGAAGAAACGCAAAGAGGAAGAAGAGCGCAGACUGAAGGAAGAAGAAGAGAACAGACGGAAGAAGGCGGAAAUGGAAGCUAAGCGCAAACUGGAAGAGGAGCAACGCAGGAAACAAGAAGAGGCGGACCGGAGAGAAGCAGAGCGUCUUCAAGCAGAACAGGCGAAAGAAGCGCUGGACGAACGCCGCUACCAAGAACGAUUGGAGCAAGAGAGACAAGACCACGAACUCGCUCUUCGUUUGGCACAAGAAAGCAACGGACAGAUUGAAGAAAGUCCUCCGAUGAUACGGAACGGUGGAAUGGAUUCAGCCAGGCAGUCUUUCAAACUCAACAGAUCCGAAGCCGUCAAGAACCAACAAGCGGCUCUUGCCAAAGGCAAGUACGACCUCAGCAAAUGGAAGUACUCAGAGCUUCGUGAUACCAUCAACACGUCCUGCGAUAUCGAACUUCUGGAAGCUUGCCGCCACGAAUUCCACCGCCGCUUGAAGGUGUACCAUGCCUGGAAGGCCAAGAACCGCAAACGUACCAUCAUGGACGAAAACGAACGUGCGCCGCGUUCGGUCAUGGAAUCGGCAGCCAGAACCCCGAAACUGCAGCAGAAGGCUCCAAUUUUGGACAACAAUUCCCAGAGGUACUUCCGCAUACCGUUCGUGCGUCCAGGGGGCGACAACAGCAAGAGAGGCUGGUGGUACGCCCACUUCGACGGGCAGUACGUGGCGAGGCAGAUCGAGCUGCAUCCGGAGAAACCCCCGAUUUUGCUGGUUGCUGGUAAGGACGAUAUGCAGAUGUGCGAGUUGUCGCUGGAGGAAACCGGGCUGACGAGGAAGAGGGGUGCGGAAAUUUUAGAAAAUGAGUUUAAUAAAGAGUGGGAGAAGCACGGAGGGGGCAAGUAUGUGAGACCCGCAGACAGAAAACAGUAACGGAGUUACAUUUGGUAGAGCUUAAAGUUGGAUAAAUAAUGGGGCCUUUAUAAUUUUGCAAUAGGUAGCUUCACAGUAUUAUAAUAUACAGACUUAUUCAAAAAUGUAAACUGUAAGUUAUUAAGAAUAAAUUAUUUAUCGUUA